AUGAGACUGCCAUUGCUACUGAAAUUUGUUGUCGCUUUGACAUCCUUAUGCCAGGCGCUGUCAGUAUCAAACACUUCAAUCGGGGCCGUGACAUGGGACGAAUAUAGCUUGCUAAUCAAUGGGGAGAGGGCUUUCAUCAAUGCUGCCGAGUUUCAUUAUCAGCGACUGCCCGUCCCUGAGAUGUGGCUGGAUGUGCUGCAAAAGCUGAAGGCAAAUGGCUUCAAUACAAUCAGUGUGUACUUCUUUUGGAGUUAUCAUUCGGCUUCCAAGGACGCAUAUGACUUUGAAACGGGAGCACAUAACAUACAGCGUCUCUUCGACAUGGCCAAGCAGGCGGGCCUAUGGGUAAUUGCACGGCCGGGUCCUUAUGUCAAUGCACAGACAAAUGCUGGUGGUUUAGCUCUAUGGGGCUCUGAUGGCUCCAUGGGCAAAUUGCGGACAUCAGAUGAGGCUUAUCAUCAAGCGUGGCUUCCAUAUAUGCGGAAAGUCGGACAGAUCAUUGCAGCGAACCAGAUCACAAGAGGUGGUCCCGUCAUACUCUGCCAGGUAGAAAACGAACUCCAAGAGACCACUCAUGAGCCGAACAAUACUCUGGUUACGUAUAUGGAGCAGCUUGAGGCAGUCAUUAGAGAUGCUGGGAUAACCGUUCCUACGACUCAUAACGAAAAGGGCAUGAGAUAUGUAUCCUGGUCAAGGGAUUACGGAAACGUUGGCGGCGCUGUCGACAUUUAUGGCUUGGACUCCUACCCUGCAGGAUUUCUUGUCGGGAACAGAUGUGAUGGAGCCACUGGAUUCAAUGUUGUUCGGACCUACUAUCAGUGGUUCAUGAACUAUUCAUGGACUGGUCCCAUUUAUCUCGCUGAGUUUGAGGGCGGGCGUACUUUGACCUGGGGUGCUCCACAGAAUUAUGAUGAUUGUCGAAGCGAGCACAGCACCACCUUUGUGGACAUCUACUAUAAGAACAACAUCGGUCAGCGCGUGACGCUACAAAGCAUAUAUGAAGGCUAUGGGGGACUAAUUGGGGCCAUUCUUUCGACACCCGACGCUUAUAGUUGGGUCCUGAAGAACCAAGAUACCCAGGCAACCUUCACUGUGCUGCAGCAGAACGAAACCCCAUCAACCACUACCAUUGCGUUUUCGGCCUACUUGAACACCAGCCUUGGCAACAUGACUGUUCCAGAUAUCCAGCUUCAAGGGCGACAGAGCAAGAUUCUAGUUACAGACUACAAGUUUGGUAAUCAAACACUUCUGUAUUCAUCAACAGAUGUACUUACAAAUGCCGUCUUGCCCGGACACGACGUUCUGGCUCUGUAUCUAUGGGAAAGUCAAACCGGCGAGUUCGCUCUCAAGACGCCAAGGAAUUUGACGCUCCAGGUAUACGGCGCGUCUAUCGUGUCGUCCACACUUCAUCCUGGCUACCAGAAAAUUAAGUACACACAGGCUACUGGCUCUACUGUCCUUCGUUUUACAAAUGGGGUCAUUGUCCUAUUACUCGAUCAACCAACAGCAUGGCAUUUUUGGGCUCCGUCAACAUCAAACUACCCUUCUCCUAGGCCAGACCAGAAGCUUAUCAUUCUUGGUCCGUACCUCGUCCGGUCUGCAUCAGUCGAAAAUGAAGUGCUUCAGGUCUCUGGAGACAAUAACGGAACUACAACCUUGGAGAGCUUCAUCGGCGACGUGCCCAUCAAAGCAAUCGAGUGGAACGGCCAGCGACUCACAGCAACCAAGACGCCCUAUGGCUCCUAUACAGCCCAAAUCCCCGGUACAGAAAACCGAUCAGUAAUCCUUCCAUCCUUAAACCACUGGCGCUCAGCAGACUCCCUUCCGGAAGCCCAGCCAGAGUAUGAUGAUUCCCGAUGGACGGUCGCGAACAAGAAUAGUACACUCAGUCCACAAGCUCCUCUUACCCUGCCAGUCCUUUUUAGCUCUGACUAUGGCUACUACGCCGGUGCUAAAAUAUACCGUGGCUACUUUGACGGCACCAACCACACUGCAGUUAAUAUUACCGCCUCUGGCGGCCUCGCGUUUGGGUGGAACGCCUGGCUAAACGGACAUCUUAUCGGGGGCCACCCUGGUGAUCCCAAUCUAUCAGCCACAAACAUGACUCUGACGCUUCCUGGGCCCCAUCUCAGGACAAUGAACAAUGUCAUCACAGUCAUAGUUGACUACCAUGGCCACGAUGAAACUAACAUCGCCAACGGUGCUGGGAACCCUCGAGGCAUCCUUGGCGCGUAUCUUCUUCCAGGCGGUACACGGACAGCAACCGGUUUCAAACUGUGGAAGAUCCAAGGCAAUGCUGGUGGCGCGAAGAACAUCGACCCAGUCCGCGGACCCAUGAAUGAGGGUGGCCUCUAUGCCGAACGACUAGGCUGGUUCCUCCCUGGCUUUCCGGCAUCUGAUAACAAGGAGUUCAACAGCACCUCCAGUCCACUGGACGGCAUCUCGAAAUCGGGUGUCCGUUUCUAUGUCACCUCUUUCGACCUUGAUAUCGACAGGGAUCUAGAUGCACCCAUAGGGGUUUCUCUCUCAGCGCCAAACGGCACUAUAGCACGUGUAAUGCUUUGGGUCAAUGGGUAUCAAUACGGCAAAUACGUCCCUCACAUUGGUCCGCAGACGAAGUUUCCUAUUCCCCCGGGCAUCAUCAAUAACCGGGGCCGGAAUACACUAGCUUUGAGCUUGUGGGCGCAAACCCAUGAUGGUGCGAAGCUAGAUACUGUCGAGCUGUUUACGUAUGGACUGUAUCAGACGGACUUUCAGUUUGAUCGUGAUUGGAGUUAUUUGCAACCGGGGUGGGAGGAUAGGAGCGUGUACGCGUAA